GCGGGGAGCGGGCGGGCCGCGCUCCCGCCGCGCCGCGCCGCUCCGCCGCGCCCCACAAAAGUGAGGGGCUGCCGCGGCCGGGCCCAGCACAGCGCUGCCCGGGCCGGAGGGGGCGCGGAGCCGAGCCGUGCCGGGCAGAGCCGCUGCGGGGGGCGCUGCGCUGCGCCGCGGUUGUGAUUUCCAAUUUUUAAUCGCAGCUGCAUUUCCCUCCCCCCGCCCCCCCGCGCCGAGGAGGAGCCCCGGCUUUAUGUGGUGCUGCCCGGGGAGCGCUCGGCGGCCCUGAAGUGCUUUGUGUCGCCGUCGCCUUCUUCUUUUUUUUUUUCUUUUUUUUUCUUUUCUUUUUUUUUUUUUUAAAUGUAUAACUUAAUGGGUCUGAACAGCACGGCCGUCGCUAUUCAGCCCAAUGUGUCCUGCACAUGCAACUGCAAAAGGUCUUUGUUCCAGAGCAUGGAGAUCACGGAGUUGGAGUUUGUACAGAUAAUCAUCAUCGUGGUGGUGAUGAUGGUGAUGGUGGUGGUGAUCACCUGCCUGCUGAACCACUACAAACUCUCUGCGCGAUCCUUCAUCAGCCGGCACAGCCAAGGGAGGCGGAGAGAUGAGAAUCUGUCAUCAGAGGGCAGCCUGUGGCCGUCGGAAAGCACCGUGUCGGGGAGCGGGAUGGCUGAGCAGCAGAUCUACACCCCGCGGCCCAGCGAGCGCCUGGCGGUGCCGUCCUUCCUGCAGCGGGACCGCUUCAACAGGUUCCAGCCCACCUACCCCUACCUGCAGCACGAGAUCGACCUGCCCCCCACCAUCUCGCUGUCGGACGGCGAGGAGCCCCCCCCGUACCAGGGACCCUGCACUCUGCAGCUGCGCGACCCCGAGCAGCAAAUGGAGCUCAACAGGGAGUCGGUGCGCGCGCCCCCCAACAGAACCAUCUUCGACAGUGACUUGAUAGAUAACUCGGUGUACGGGGGGCCGUGCCCCCCCAGCAGUAACUCUGGCAUCAGCGCGACCUGCUAUGGGAGCAACGGCAGGAUGGAGGGCCCGCCGCCCACCUACAGCGAGGUGAUCGGGCAUUACCCCGGAGCCACCUUCUACCAGCACCAGCAGAACAACAGCGGGGUGCCCUCGCUGCUGGAGGGCAGCAGACUCCAUCCCUCACAGAUCAAUGGCCUUGAGAGCACAACGGCGUGGAACAAAGAGAAAGAGAAACAGAAAGGGCACCCCUUUUAAAAAAGGAGAAAAAGGAGAGAAAGGCAAAGUCAGCGAAACGCUCUGCACUUCUGGUGGGAAGGAAGAAGGGGAGGGAUUGGGAGCUGAGGAAGAUGAGCAAAGGAGAAAAAAAAAUGAAAAAAAAAAAAAGCCCUUCCCCAUCUCUCCGUGUAUAAAUAUUUACUUGUUAUGUCUGGUCUGAAUGCACAAGCCCACAAAGCUUGCAGAAACAUUUCUUUCUUGAGCUGUGUCUAGACGUUGAAAAAGGAAAAAGAAAACAACUGUAGUCUUUUUUUUUUUUUUUUUUUUGGUUUUGUUUCUAGUUGAGCUGUGUGUGAAUGCUUUUUUGUUUUCGUUUGAUUCUUUCACUUAACUUUAAAGACAAAAUAUUUGCACAAAAAAACGUUUUGUUUAAAGAUCUGCAAUAUAAAUAUAUAAAUAUAUAUUAAGAAUAAGAGAAAAGUGUAUGUGUAAGGAGCAGGAGUAUUUUUGUAUUAGAAGAGGCCUAUUAAAAAAAAAAGAAAAAAAAAGUUGUUUUCUGAACUAGAAGAAAAAUGGCAAUUUUUUGAGUGCCAACUCAAAAAGUGUGUAUGACGUUGUAAAAAACAAACACAAAAAAAAAACCACAAAAAAAAGAACAAAACAAAAAAAAAAAUCAAAAGCAGGGGUUUAGAGUUAUUUAUAUAAAUGUUGAAAUUUUGCACUAUUUUUUAAUAUAAAUAUGUCAGUGCUUGUGUUGGUCAAAGCCUCUAUCGUGUCUACCAUGCAACUGUUAAGGGAUGUUUGUCCACAGGAGCAGCAGUGAGUGGGGCUGUGGGCGCUGCGGCGCCGUGCAGCCGAGCUGUGGGGCUGUGGGGGGCCUGGCUGCUGCCGGGGGGGCAGAAGCAGAAGCAGGCAGGAAUUACUUGAUUUUUUUUUAUUUUUUUAUUUUAUUUUUUUUUUUUGGACAACCUCUAACUUUUUGGAGGGGGGUGGCGGCGGGGAUGAGAAUAAACUUCUGUGUCUGAAGGAACAAAGUGGUGGUUUUUGGUUUAUUUCUUUCAAUGUCAGCCUGGAGGGCGCUGCGUGCAGGUGUGGAAGCAGCAGAGCUGUGCCCCCCCCCCCUCACCCCCAGAGCCAGACCUGGACUGCAGCAUGCUGGGCUGCCAUGGCUGCAGGGCUGCUGUGCUGCGUGGGGCUGCACUCUGCUCCCAGCACUGGGGUUGCAGCCCCGCCUGCCUCUGCUCAGUGCUGUUUUUUGCUUUCUUACCCCUCUAGAUAGGUGUGAGGCACGAUGGGUGGGAACGAGCCUGUUCCUGUGAUGUGUCAAUUAAAAGCUAACCGAAUAGGCUCAAUGCUUUAGAAGCAAAAGCCCUUCACCUCCUUGGAAGAUUUCUUCACUGGGAGCAGCACCUGCUCGGCCCUCUGCCUGCAGAUCCACGCUGCCCUCAGCUCAGCUCCGGUGCCGUCCGUCCCUCUGCUCUCCGUGUCGGUGCAGGGAGGUGUGGGGCCGUUCCCUGCAGGGUGCUGCCCGGCAGUGACAGACGUGGAAGACAUAAAGGCAAUAAGUUGUUGUUAAGCAACUCUUCUAUUACUUGAAAAAGAAAAAUACGUGAGAACAGUUCUGAAGUUGUGACGGUUUGAACAAUAUUUAUAUGUAUUUUGGUGAAGAUGGAGAAUAACUGAACUUGAAGUUGGUUUUUUGUUUGCUUUUUUUUUUUUUUAAUAAAUCCUGUAUUCUCUCAGUCCUUCAGAGCACUUUUCUGCAGCUCUCGGGGUCCUCCCAGCUUUACAGCCACGCAAAACCACAAAAGAAACAACCAGAAAUGCAAAGGAGAGCGACUUGAGUGUGUCAGGAAGGCGCAAAGUGAGUUUAUGAAAACGUAUCUUUAUGUAACAUAUCUAUUAGUGCCUUAUGAAAGAAGCAGCAUCGCUCCCUUUUAAAAGAGGGGAGAAGGGAAUCCCGGGCAUCACCACCCAGCAGUGCUGCUCCGCAUGCCGUGCACAGGGCAGCUGUCCCCCCGUGGGCUGCGGAUGCUGCCUGGGUCACCUGGGUGCUCCUGCACAUGGCGUGGGGUCAGGAACCGCAGCUGCUGUUGGACGUGAGGUACCAACCAAAAGACGCCUGUAAUAUCUGCUGCCCUCUUGAGCCAAAACGCGUGCAUAGUGCGGUUGGGUUUUGUUUCCGGGGGGUGUUCUGUUCUGUGAGCUUAACUCGUGUGUUUGCUACAAAAACCAAAUGGUUACCUCAGUGGGUGUGGGGUGGGAUGUGCAUCGUGGUCCGGCACGGAGCAGGCGGGGGUUCUUGGCGGCACUGCUGGGCGGUGGGCACUGAGCGGUGCUCUGUUGGCUUUGUGCAGUCAGAGCGGCUCCAGGUCUUCUAUCAGGCCUUGGGAUUUCAACUCGUUCUCUUUUUUCCCUCCCCAUCCUCUCCCCGUGUGAAUUUCAAUCUCGCAGACCUCACCCCGAGCAUCCUGCAGCUCCUUGAUCCCUUCGCUGAGUUACUGGCUCUGCUUUCCUUUGCCGUGUGGGGCAUGGAAUGAGCUUACAGCAGGGUGGCUCAUCAGCACCAAACUGCCAUUGCAGCACUGCCGUCAGCCCAUGUCCCACACCCCUGGAGCUGCCAUAGGCUGCCAGAAUGGGUCUCAGCCCAGCCCAGUGCAUCCCCAGCCCAGCCCAGCUCAGCACAGCUGACUUGUUCCCUUGUGCCCGGCUCCUUUCCGCAUCCUGCAGCCCUGCACACCCUGUGUUUCCAAUGCAGGACCAGAUCUGGGGCCCAGAUGAAUUCCCAAGUUCUGAAUGGGUGUUAGAAAUAAUGUUCUUGAAUUAUGAUGAUGAUUCUUUAUUAUUGUUGUCCUUAUUAUUAUUGCUAUUUAAUGUUAUUUUUGCCUCGGGGUCCAUGUCUCCCACCCCCCAGUCCCUCCAUGGCCGGGUGCUGGCCAUGCACUCUGUCUCCCUUUGGUCUCUAUGCAGGACCUGCCCACAGCUGCUCUCACAUCCCACAGCUGCAGCAGAGGGAGCAUCAGGCCCUGCCCCAGUGACUUACUGCGACAAAAGCAGGAGAAAUAAGACAUUGCCAGUGCUCAGCAGCCUCCAUCACAGCUCAGCCUUUUUGCUCAGAGCUGUAGGAGUCGUGUUGGCUUUAGAAGGGUUCAUUAAUCUGAGGGAUUUCCUUAGGGUACAGUAUGGCAAACAGCAUCCUGAGCGUGCCACCAGAAUGAACGUGGCUUCUCAGUGAGGAUGGCAAGGAGCAGUGCUUUUUGUUGAGGCUUUGGCCCCCUCCACAGCCCACUGGUGUGAGACGGCCUCACUGAGGUAUCUUAACUGGGGCUAUAAGGAAAUCCAUCUGAUUUCUGGGGCACUCACCUUCCCUAUGUGUGUACAACCUCUACACUGCACUACCUGCCGUGUUAAAGAAAUAGAAGCCCAAUGUUUUCACUGAGGAUCAGACAAGGACUGCCUCCAGCUGUGUAGCACCAGCAGUGCUGGCUGAGGACAGAAUGAAUUCGUAGUCUCUCUGUUUCACUCAGACAUUCUCAAUGCUACCAUAAAACAAAAAAGUUUUCCAGAAACAGCGCUUCAAAUUGUUGCUGUGCCAUAGAAGCCCGUGAGGGACAGCACUACAGUCCUGGUUUGCCUGCCUUACAGACACAACCUCAUUGUAUUCAUCUUUCCUCAGCCUUCCAGUUGCAUUGCUUUGGCUUUGGAGUUUGUCACGGGCAGUCCUGCAUCCCAAGUUCUGUUCAAGUUUAAACUUCUGUAAACUAUUGACCGCACAUGCAAUGCAGUACUUACCUAUAUUUUGCUGGUUUAGUAUGAAUAUGUACUCUGAUGCCAAUUUACAAAAUUCUGUUGUAAAUGCUUAUUGUGUAACAGUAACCAAUAGUGGCAAUUAUAUGUCAUUCUAAAAGCUGCAAUACUUAUACAAUAAAUUUUACAAUACUUUGGACAA